AAAAAUGAGUUCUUCGUCUUCCUCCGUUGCUUCUUCAUCCUCUUCUUCUCGUAGUAAAUUUCUUGAUUCAGGAUUUGUGAUCGGACAAAAGGAAGUAACUAGAAUCUUGAUUCUGUUUCUUGGUUUGACUGCUUCAUGUCUGAUUUUAUACAAAACAGCUUAUCCUCAACAACAACUUGAUGUCAACAAUCUCAGUUCUCUUCUCUCUUCUUCAUCUCCACCAUUGCCAAAUCUCAACUCAUCAGAGAUUUCUCCGGAAACAACACCAAAACGAAAGAUUAGUUUCAGGGAGAUUUUGGAGAACGCGUCGACGAAGAACAAUACAGUGAUUAUAACGACAUUGAAUCAAGCUUGGGCAGAACCAAACUCUUUGUUUGAUCUCUUCUUAGAGAGUUUUCGUAUUGGACAAGGAACACAACAGCUUCUGAAACAUGUAGUUGUGGUUUGCUUGGAUCCCAAGGCGUUUGAAAGAUGCUCACAACUUCUUCUUAAUUGCUAUCACAUCGAAUCCUCAGAAACUGAUUUCUCCGGCGAGAAAGUAUACAACACUCCUGAUUAUCUCAAGAUGAUGUGGCGCAGAAUCGAGCUUCUUACACAAGUUCUUGAGAUGGGUUUUAACUUCAUAUUUACGGACGCAGACAUAAUGUGGCUGCGAGAUCCAUUUCCUAGGCUAUAUCCAGAUGGAGAUUUUCAAAUGGCAUGUGAUAGAUUCUUUGGAAACCCUUUCGAUUCAAACAAUUGGGUCAAUGGAGGUUUCACAUACGUGCGAUCAAACAAUCGAAGCAUCGAGUUUUACAAAUUCUGGCACAAAUCUCGCCUGACCUAUCCAGAGUUACACGACCAAGAUGUGUUCAACAGAAUCAAACACGAGCCAUUUAUUUCUGAGAUUGGAAUACAAAUGAGAUUCUUUGAUACGGUUUACUUUGGUGGGUUUUGUCAAACGAGCAGAGACAUAAAUUUGGUUUGCACAAUGCAUGCUAAUUGUUGCAUUGGAUUGGAGAAGAAGCUUCAUGAUCUGAAUCUUGUUCUUGAUGAUUGGAGAAAGUAUAUGUCUUUGUCGGAACAUGUCCAGAACACGACUUGGCGUGCUCCUAUGAAGUGUCUGGAGGAUUGAGGAUUUUUAUUAUAUUUUAUGUUAUAUUUGGAGGAUGAAGGAUUUUUUUGUUUUUUAAGAAUGGAGUGUGUUAAGGAAAAUUGGUCUACUCUCUAAUCUAAAUCAAAUUGGUUUUUCUUUCUGGUUAUAA